AUGCUUGUUAGAAGUAGUUUAUCUCCAAGAAGAAAAUGUUUCACACCAUCAAUGUGGGAAGGCAGACAGCAAUAAACUAUAAGAAGAAGUUAAAAUCGUUAUUUGAAAACUGAAGAUGUUGAUCACAGGAAUGUUCAAUCUAGAAAUGAUGAUUCAAAAAGAAAAUCAGGAAGUAUCGUCAAUAAUAAGAAAAAUAAGUCAAUGACAAAUCAUAAGGCCUCGUUAAAUAGUUCUUUUAAUACAAAAAACCUAAAGACGAUUUAGUUAUCAACAAGAAAAUCAUCAUUACAGAAGUAUAAACAAUCAAUAUUAAAUUUAGUAAAUUACAUCCUAAUAGCACAACAAGCGAACACCAUGUUCAUCAAUAUUUCUCAUAGUCUCCUGCGAAAAGAAUAUUAAAUUGUGAAAAGCUAAUAAAGGCAUAGAAAUUUUCAGAGGCUCUAAAAGAUUUAGAGGAAAUUGAUUAACCUCAUAUAAAUCCAGAAUACAUAAAGGAAAUUGCUUACUUUAAAGGUUUAAUUCAUAUGAAUUGUCGGCAAUAUGAUUAAGCAAUUAAUUAGUUUUCAAGGGCAAAACAAUCAGGGGAUUUAAAUGGAAAUACUGUCAUUUUAUAAGCAUUAUGUUUAAAAAAAAUUGGGAACUACAGUGAUGCAAUAGUUGUAUUAAAAGAAUUUUUAUCUAAAAAAUAUUCAAAAUUAUAACCAACUUAUUAUGAUGCAUUAAUUCAUAAAGGAAAAUUAUUAAUGAAAAUAAAAAAAUUGUAAUUAGCUUUACAAGAUUUCAAUUAGGCAAGUGUUCUAGAGAAUGAUUAAAUAUCAUUUUAAGGUACUUUAGGAAGAGCAGAUUGCUUAAGAUUGAGUGGUAAAAUUGCUGAGGCAUUGAAUGUUUAUGAAACUAUUCCAGAGAAUGAAAUAAUUUUAAUGAGAAAAAUAUAUUGUUAUAUUGAGUUAUAGUCCUUAGAUAGGGCAAUGGAAGCUAUCAAUUUAAUUUUAAUUAAUGACCCAAAUAGUUCAGAGGCACUUUUCAUGAAAGGCUAAAUUUAUAUCAAUAAAGGAUAAUUAAAUGAAGCUAUUUUGAGCUUUGAAUAAUCAAUUAAAUAAAAUAAUAGCAGAAAAGCUGUCACAAAAUCUUUGUAAGAAAUAGCCAAAAUUAAAAUUGAUCAAAAAGAUUUCUAUUCUGCUUAUUAUACUUUGCAAAGAGAAGAUCAUUUAGAGGUAGAUAAAGAAUCAAUUAUGAAAUUAAGAUAGUUUACAGAAGGAGUGAUAUUUUUAAUGAAAAGAAAAUAUUAAGAUGGUGUAAAUGUAUUUACAUAAUUAAUUAAUAAUUAUUAAUUGGGAGAGUUCAUCAAAAAGAUUAUUUUUCUUUAUAGAGCUUAUGGUAAUGUUAUUAAAUAUUUUAGGUUUUAUUUGUUUAAAUAAAUUCUAAAAGGCAUUAAACGACUUGAUUUAUGUUCAAAAUUUUUAAGAAUUAGAUCAGCCAUCAUUAUAUAAUAAGAUCAUUUGUGAAGGAAUUGUAAUGUCUUAAUCAAGCCAAUUUGAAAAAGCAUAAUCAUAAUUUCAAAAAGCCUCAAAGUUGUUUCCUGGUAAAAUGGAGCCACAUUUUUAUAAGUCCUUAACACUUAUAUAAUUUAUCAACAAACAUAUGCCAAAAGACAAAGAUAAAUAUAUAAAGAAUGCGUUAAAACAUUUAGAUAAAGCAGUAACUCUAAACGAUUAGAAUUCUAACCUUCUUUAUCAUAGAGGCAUUUUAAGAUUUUAUUUUGGAUAAAUAGAUUUGGCAUUAUCUGAUUUAACAAAAGCAGUUGAAAAAAAUGAAGAUCGAGUGGCUAAAUAUGUUUAUGCAAGAGGAUUAGUAAGGGCCUGUUUGGACAAUCCUCAAUAAGCUCUAAAUGAUUUCACUAUUGUUAUCAAUUGGGACUCAAAAUUUGCUGAAGCGUAUUUAAAUAGAGCCAAAGUAUUUACAUUGUUAGGAGAUAGAACUGCUGCAUUUAAUGAUUUACAAACUUACAUUUCUCUUAAGCCUAAAGAUCCUGAUAUUCAUUUGUGGGCAGGAAAUUUAUUAUUUUUAAUCGGAGCUUACGAGCAUGCUAUAAAAACAUAUUCUCAUUCUCCAGAUAUUCAAAAUAAUGUUUAAUUAUUAAGGUACAGAGCUCUAUGUUAUAUAAUUUAAAAAGAAUUAAAUUACGCAAUGUCAGAUUUAAAUCGAAUAAUAGAAUUGACUGGAGAUAAAAAAAGCUAUAUUGAUAAAGAAUGCUUGUUAGCUUUGAAAACAUCAACUGUAGGUCCAGAAGAAUCCUAAUCGAUGAUGAUUCUGAAAUUAUCACAAGGAUCAAAUAAAUAAGUCAAUUUCAGAUUAGCAUCUUAGAUGCUUAAGAAGUUGAUUGUUUUAGGUUCAGAUGGCCAUGUAUUUUUAACAUCGGAUCUAAUAUUUUAUAGAGGAAUAAUGAAAUUUUACUUAGGUAACUAUAAAAAAGCUAUGGAUUUAUGGACAAAAUCAUAUGGGUUAAAAUAAUAAAUAAAAGAAUUUAGUCAAUAGUCUAAUAAUUCGUUAAUUUCAUAGUAAGAACAAUAAGAGAGAUUAAUUAGUGAAUUAGAUGAGUUGGAAUUUGAGGAUAGAACAUAUAAUAUGUAUGAAUACUAUUACAAUGUUGCUAUUGCUACAAUAUUAGUAAUAUAUAUAUUUUAUCUAAGAAUAAAUAAAAAAGAAAAGGAAAAGAGUUAUUGAAUUAAUUAGCCGAUCAACUUUAGGAAUCAUUUGAAACUACAAUUCGAGAUUUUCUUGCAGCAUUAGACUCAACUUAAACUAAAAGUGCAACCAUUUUUCCCUAUUCAAAUAGAUUAUGCUGCAUUUUCCCAACUUUUAAAAUUGGGAAUUUAGAAACCAGACUUUCCUUUUGUUUGCCUAGAAUAACUCCUCCAUCUAUGAAUCCAGAAUUUGAUAAUAAAUUAAUUGAAGGAAUUCAAGUAAUUCUAAUUAUUCGAUUACAAUAGUAUAGUCUACAGACGUGGACAACAAACCGGAGGCACCAUGGAUUAGAAGAAAUCCUGAUGGAGUGAUAUUUACAGAAAAUGUACAAUAGGUUGAAUUAGAUUUAAGAAGCGAAAGCUAGAAAUCAUAAAUUGAUCACAAUUAAGAAGAAGAAAAUGAUGAUGACAAUUCAGAAUAGUAAUUUUAUUAAUCCUAUAUCUAGACAUUAAAUUUCCAUUAAUGAUGAUAAAAUCACUAUAGAAUAACGACAUUAGGAUGAUUCAACAACAUAUCAAACUAACUAUAAAAAAGAUAUUGAAUUACUUAAGUAAUAACUGAGACUUGAUAGAAUUGUUGAACAACGAUUAGCAAAAUUAAAAUGA